UCUCAACACCUUCGCUCCACAACUUGUUGAACUGAACAAAUCAACAAUUUGAUUUCGCAAACAUUGUAGAACGAAUCUGUAGUUUUGAGGAACCGAAAGACAGGUAAGUCGAGCCCAGCGGGAAACUCCCCUGCCCUGACGAGGAGAAGGUGAGACCAGAUACCGGAAGCACUGGAGCUGAUUGUCCGCGCGUAAUGACGAUUGUCUGGACCUCAUUCGUGUGGAACAUCAUUUCCAGUCCGCGUGUGCAUCCCCAUCAUGCCCGUCCAGUGCAGUCACUGCGUUCAGAGACGGGCCGUGCUGAAGCGGCCCAAGACCGGACACUCCCUCUGUAAAGACUGCUUCUUCUGGGCGUUUGAGGAGGAGAUCCAUCAAACCAUCAUGUCCGCUGCGCUCUUUAAUCGCGGGGAGACCGUGGCCAUCGGUGCCUCGGGCGGGAAGGACUCGACCGUCCUGGCCCACGUGAUGAAGCUCCUGAACGAGCGCUACGAUUACGGGCUGAACCUCCUGCUGCUGUCGGUGGAUGAGGGCAUCACGGGUUACAGAGAUGACUCCCUGGAGACGGUGAAGAGGAACCAGCAGCAGUACGAGCUCCCGCUGAAGAUCGUGUCUUACGAAGAGCUGUACGGCUGGACGAUGGACGCCAUCGUGAAGCAGGUGGGCUUGAAGAACAACUGCACUUUCUGUGGUGUGUUUCGCAGGCAGGCGCUGGACCGAGGAGCCAUGAUGCUGAAGGUGGACAAGAUAUGCACAGGUCACAAUGCGGAUGACGUGGCCGAGACGGUGUUGAUGAAUGUCCUGCGUGGGGAUAUCGCACGUCUCCGGCGCUGCACCUCCAUCAGCACGGCCAGCGAAGGAGAGGGCGCCAUUCCUCGCUGCAAGCCACUUAAAUACGCCUACGAGAAAGAGAUCGUCCUCUACGCCUACUUUAAGAAGCUGGAUUACUUCUCCACAGAGUGCAUCUACUCGCCGAACGCCUACCGGGGUCACGCUCGCGCCUUCCUCAAAGACCUGGAGUCCAUCAGGCCCAGCUCCAUCAUAGACGUCAUCCACUCCGGGGAGACGCUCUCCGUGAAGGCAGGGGUGAAGAUGCCGGUCCAGGGGACGUGUUCUCGCUGCGGCUAUAUCUCCAGUCAGGCCUUGUGUAAGUCCUGUGUUCUGCUGGAGGGCCUGAAUCGAGGUUUACCCAAGCUGGGCAUCGGGAAACAUCACCGUCUGCACGGGAAACUUCUGUCCCAGGAGCCUCUGACCGAGCAGGAGGAGAAGAAGCUGAAGGCUGUGGACUUCUGACAAAAUCAAGAGUUUUUUUUUUUUUUUUUAACAUGCUUGGGGUGGAUGUUUAUAAUGUGAGGUGAUUGUUUGAAUUUCAACCACAGGGAAAUGAAUGUCACACAUGUUGUGUUCAUAAGUUAAAGUUGCCUUUCAGAACCAGAGACACUCUUUUUAAACUCAAACACUUUCUCAACUCACAGGAAGAAUGUUUAAGAUGCUUUUUUUUGUCUUAUUUAAACAAUAACAUGACAAUAAAAAUGUUUUAAUCAUU